UUAGCCAGCCCGGCCAGCUCCUAGGACCCCGCACGGCCAAGAUGGCUGCGCCCGUGCAGCAGGCGCGCACUUUGCUCCGCCUGGUAACGACCCUGGGCCAGGGCUCUCGAGGCUACCGGGCACGGCCGCCCCCGCGCCGUUCGCAGGAGCCCAGGUGGCCCGACCCGGAUGACCCGCUUACCCCGCGCUGGCAGCUGAGUCCGCGCUACGCGGCUAAGCAGUUCGCGCGGCAUGGCGCCGCCUCCGGAGUGGCCGCCGGUUCUCUGUGGCCGUCGCAGGAACAGCUGCGCGAGCUGGAGGCUGAGGAGCGCGAAUGGUACCCGAGCCUGGCAGCCAUGCAGGAAUCGCUGCGGGUGCAGCAGCUGGCAGAAGAGCAGAAGCGUCAAGCCAGGGAGCAGCUCAUUGAAGAGUGCAUGGCUAAGAUGCCACAGAUGAUUGAGAACUGGAGGCAGCAGCAGCAAGAGCGAAGGGAGAAGGAGCAAGCAGACAAGGAUCGGAGGGCCCGGCUGCAGGCUGAGGCCCAGGAGCGCCUGGGAUACCACGUGGACCCAAGGAGUGCUCGCUUCCAGGAGCUGCUGCAGGACAUGGAGAAGCAGCAUCGCAAGCGCCUCAAGGAGGAGAAACAAAGAAAGAAGAAGGAGGCGCGAGCUGCUGCAAUGGCCGCGGCUGCAGCCCAGGACCCAGCAGACUCUGAAACACCCAGCUCCUAAACUAUUUUCCCAAUAAAACUUGCUGCCUAAUAGCCCCACCCCUGGA